AUGCAUUGGUUUGGGGAUAUCGUGGACCCGAAGGGUAAUGACAUCAAUGGCAAAGAUCUUUAUGUCCUCAUUCAUGACUCUGAUCAAGUUCGUAAUUGUAAGUUGACACAUAAAAGCAGAAGUGUCAUUGCAAUUGCAGCAGCUGCCAUCUCUAUUGGAUUGCUUCUUAUUUGCAGCUUUGGCUAUGUCUCGAGGACAAGGAUGAGAAGCCGAGGUAUAUUACAUGCUUUUGCGCUUUUCAGUUUGAGAAGUAUAUUAGCUGCUACUGACAACUUUUCUGAAGCAAACAAACUUGGAGAGGGUGGGUAUGGCCCUGUUUACAAGGGGUAUUUCCCUGAAGUGCAAGAAGUAGCCAUAGAAAAGCAAUCAAAAACAUCAUUACAAGGAACAAAAGAGUUUAUGAAUGAGUUGAAAUUAAUUGCCAAACUCCAACAUAAAAAUCUUGUCAGGCUUUUGGGUUGCUGUGUUGAACAAGAGGAAAAGAUACUGAUCCACAAUAUUGGUUUUCCAUUAGAUCCUUCUAAGCAAGCCAAUCUGGACUGGACUAAACGCUUCCAGAUCACAGAAGGGAUUGCUCAAGGUCUAAUCUACCUGCGCAAGUAUUCUAGAUUGAAAGUCAUUCACAGGGAUUUAAAAGCAAGCAAUAUUCUGUUGGAUGAAGCAAUGAAUCCCAAAAUUUCAGACUUUGGAACUGCAAGGAGUUUUGGAAUAAAUCAAAUUGAAGCAAAUACCAGGCCGGCAUGGGAGAAUUGGAAACAAGGUAGCUAUUUGGAGCUCAUUGAUCCGUUAAUAAAGGAUACAGGCAACUUCAAGGGGGCAUUGAAGAGUAUUGCUGUGAGGCUUUUGUGUGUUCAAGAAUUUCCGGGUGAUCGACCAACAAUUUCUCUCUCAACCACCAAAGGGCUUUCGUUAGUCUUUCUUCCCCAGCAAAGACUUGAAGAAACUACUGAUUUUACCACUCCACAAGCGGAAGGCCCCUCUGCUUCUUAA